UACUCUUCGCGCCUCUUCCCCUGCCUUCUGGGUGGCUAAAGUCUGGUGGCAGGAGGCGUAAAGCGGUGCUUUUUCCGAGGCUGUCUGGCGGUUUUUGGGGGGGGGGGGGCUCCCCAGUGGCUUAAAAACCCGAGGUAAUCUGGAUGGGGCCGCCACUGCUAGCCCUCCUUCCUCCGAGUUUGCGACUCCGCGGUCCAGGAUGGACAAAGUCUGUGCUAUUUUUGGAGGCUCCCGGGGCAUUGGGAGGGCAGUGGCCCAGUUAAUGGCUCAGAAAGGCUACCGACUGGCCAUCAUCGCCAGAAAUCUGGAACUGGCCAAAGCCGCCGCCGGUGACCUCGGCGGAGAUCAUUUGGCAUUUAGCUGUGAUGUUGCCAAAGAAUGUGAUGUCCAAAAUACAUUUGAAAAGAUGGAGAAAAAUUUAGGUCGAGUUAAUUUCUUGGUAAAUGCAGCUGGAAUUAACAGGGAUAGCCUUUUAGUAAGAACAAAAACUGAAGAUAUGGUAUCCCAGCUUCAUACUAACCUCUUGGGUUCCAUGCUGACUUGUAAAGCUGCCUUGAAGACUAUGAUUCAACAACAGAGAGGGUCUAUUGUUAAUGUAGGAAGUAUUAUUGGUUUAAAAGGCAAUUCUGGCCAGUCUGUGUACAGCGCCAGUAAAGGAGGAUUAGUUGGGUUUUCACGUGCUCUUGCUAAAGAAGUAGCAAGAAAGAAAAUUAGAGUGAAUGUGGUCGCACCAGGACUUUCUUCUGUCCAGCACUGCAACCCCAUCACCUGCAUAAGUGUACCUAUGAGGCCCUCAGUAACAUUGGUGGAAAGAAUGCACGUCUACACUGGAAUUACUCAUGUGAAAAACACCUGAUGAAAUAGAUACUAAUAAAGAAUUUUUCUAUCUUCUGAAAUCCAGAUGGAUGUAAAAUUUGGGAAAAUCAUUUCAAGUCAAAGAAAUAAGAUUCCACCUUUUUAAUUAAACAGUUCCUUUCUUCAAAUAAAUGCCUGUAAACACUAUGCACAGAACUGAAGCCAGACCUAUACCCUUAAUCUUUACCUGAGGGUUUGCAGCCAUAAUUGUGUAAUUGCCAUCAUCAUCUAGGGUGGAGGCUGUGGUAUGGAGAGAGCAGGUCCCGUCAAGAUCUCUUUGAAUGGUGUAGUGAUCAUUCUUUGGAGAGAUCUGCUUUCCAUCUUUAAACCAAUAGAUCUGUGAAAGGAAACAAUGAUUAAAGAUUAAGGAUGUGUGUAGUAUUACUCUGUUUGGGGGACUGAUAAGGAAUAACUGUGUGAUCUGCAGAGCUGAUCUGAGUUUUCAUGUUAAAAUGUUAAACAGAACAUCUGAACAGGAAAUUGAUUUUUGAGUGAAAAAAGUACGUGAGAAACAGGUUUAAUUCUAUUUUAGUUUUUAAAAAUGAUAUAUCUUGGGGCGCCUGGGUGGCUCAGUCGGUUAAGCGUCCGACUUCCGCUCAGGUCAUGAUCUCGCGGUUCGUGAGUUUGAGCCCUGCGUCGGGCUCUGUGCGGACAGCUCAGAGCCCGGAGCCUGCUUCAGAUUCUGUGUCUCCCUCUCCCUCUGGCCCCUCCCCUGCUCACGCUCUGUCUCUGUCUCUCGAUAAUAAACGUUAAAAAAAAAUUAAAAAAUGAUACAUCCUUAUAUUUUAAAAAGUAUGUAUGUAAGUAGGUAUUCACAUAUUACUCGCAUAUUUUUUUACAUAUUAUUUAUCUGGAGGGAUCUAGAUUGAACAUUGACAGUAAUAACUUCUGGGGUGGCUUCACAGGCAUUUUCCAUUUUUGCUUCUAUUUUCAAAUGUACUGAAUUAAAAAUAUUACUUGUAAAGGUAAAAAGGUAUUUUAUUUUAUUUAUUUAAAAAUUUUUUUUUAAUGUUAAUUUUUGAGACAGAGGGAGACACAGAAUCCGAAGCAAGCUCCAGGCUCUGAGCUAUCAGCACAGAGCCCAACGCGGGGCUUGAACUCAAUUGUGAGAUAGAUCAUGACCUGAGCCAAAGUUGGAUGCUUAACUGACUGAGCCACCCAGGUGCCCCAAAAAGGUUAUUUUAGAGAACAGUAACAGACUCCUUACUCCAUUCCACUGAAUUGUGUUAGACAAAAUGGCAGUGAGGAGUGAGCAACAGUUAAGGGUUGGUGGUGGGUGGAGGCCUACUGUUUUCAUUCUGGGCCAAGGAGCAUAUGCUCAAAGUUGAGUGUUUGUCAGUUCCCCCCCCAAGGUUAAGAAAAAACACAGUAGUAUUUAAACUUACAAUAAUUUUCAAUAAUAUUUUAACUUGGUUUGAUAGAAAAUUAAAUGUGAAGAAUAAAGUAAAAAUAAAUCUGGACUAAAUAACACAUUUUAAAAUGGUCCAGUUACCUCUUCCCUAGGUCCUCCUGCCUUUUGUCAUCUUUAAAUAAAAUCACUGGCCGGUGGAUCCCUCAUGAUUUAGUUAUUAUUCUGGACGGUUGAGACACAGGGCCAUCAUGAUGAAUCACAGCGCCAGCAGCCCUACCAUGGCCUAGAUGCAGAACUAACGCCUGCCAUCAGCCCGCCUCCAGACUUCUGGCUAGGGAACUAAACAAAUCCCCCUCUCUAAAGCCACAACAAGUUCUCUGUUGUCAUCUGUGUUCCUUGCAAACUCAAGCUUUCCUAACUCAUUCCUAACAGAAGAAACCUCCUUUAGAGCCUUCAGUUUUUAAAAUGAGCUUCUUCCUUAAUGUAAAUUAGAAUGCACAUUGAGACCACAACUGGCAUUCAAAUUCAACUCUCUGUCAAAGCUUCUGAAUCUGAAAAAUCUUUCCAAAACAUACAUUUCUAAGAAAGGACAGGCUAGAAAUAUAUAGCACUAAAUAAGGGCAUGAAUAAUCGGAAUCUGACUGCUGUAACUCUUCCAACCCCCAUUUUUCAAUUAGCUCUAAAUUUACAGCCUGUAUUGUUAAUCCGCAGAACUAAAGAUGAAUCACCAACUAGACUAAUAACUCUCAGUCUUAAAAAUUAAAUUAUGUAAAGCAUGAUACUUCAUAAUUAUCAUUCUCUGCUUGGUGGUUUUAUUAUUUCUGAUGGAACCCAGAAGCUGUGAUUAGAACACAGUUUCCUCCUUUUGCAUUCUGGCCACUAUGCCAGUUCUUCAGAACUGUUUCUUUCCUUUAAUCCUAUUCCUCACCUCUGCUAUAUCUGGACUACAACUUUCAAAUGAGAAGUAGGAAACAGUCCACCAAUUUUACCAAGACUGUUGAUGGAGAGGGAAGGGGAGGAUAUACAAGAUGAAAACAGGGUGAACUAGAAACGCCUUUCAACCUUCUCAUGUCUCAGUCAGAACAAGCAUGUAAAAGGCAGAAUUUUUUUUUUUUAAAAGCAUAAGCUAAAAGAAAGGAUGUAUUUUUUGGAACAUGCUGAAUAUUCCACACUUUGAUAGGGAGGGAAGAAAAAGAGCGGCAGUGAGGACAGGAGGAAGGAAGGGGAAGGAGGAAGGAAAGGUGAAGAAGAAAAUCUAACAAUAAAACGUUCUUAAAAAAUUAAGCCUUAAAGCUGUGAAACAUUGAAAUUCAUACCAGAAAUGCAAAAUUAUGUUAAAAACAACAGCUCAUCUUUCUGGUGAACAUGGUGUUUUUUAAAAUAAGAAUCGGUGAUCUUAGAACUUAAGCAGUGAUCUUAAGCCUUGAGUAAGAUUUAAAAAUAACAAGGGAUUUGUGAAUAUUUUGGAAGCUUAAGGUAUUUGGAAACAACAAUAUCUUGUUGAGUUUCAUUCAUAAGCUGCAGAUUUAUUUUUAGUAUGUGCAUUGGAUAUCAUAUUUGUGAAUCCACAGCAAUUAUCCAAAUCAUGUCAAGAAUAAAGAAGUUUUCUCUGACAACAGUUUACUUUAAAAGUCUCAUUUUAUUAGCAGGGGGAUACAUAUGUAAAAUUUUAAGGCUAUUUUCUUUGCUCUUUUUUCUAUGACACCACUGUUAAACUUUUAAUUUCAGUGAGUGUAUUUUCCCUUCUAUAUGCUUAUUGUACAAAUUUGCCUGGCCUUUGGUACUGUCCUGUUUUUUUCAUUGAAGUUUCUAUUUCUUUUAACAUUGUUUCAAUCAUUUUAAACACAGGUAUUUUACAGUUUGCUUAAGAUUACCCAACACUGCACAAUACUUAAGCUUCUAUUGUCUUGUUUCUUGUGCUAUUGAUUCUCCUUAUUGUUGCUUAUUUUCUCCUAUGGUAAGUUUUUACUGUGAAUUUCUUUUUCCUCCCUCUUACUCUACAGAAGUUUGAUAUGCCCCAAAUUGUGAGAGUGUUCUAUAGGGCAGUUUUUGCUUGCUUCUGCCAGAAACUUAAGGAUUUUAAUCCAUCCUGGACUAAAUUUCAUAUUAAUUUCUCAGCUUUUGGCUCCAUAUCAUGUGUUAAAGUAAAUUUGGAGUUUCAGUUUCUCAUGGGUAUCUUUUUUAUUCUUUUCUCCCAAGUUCUACGGAAAAGUGUAAUCUGUGCAUUGUUUUCUGGGCUAGUGAGCAGUUAGUUAUUCUUGUCUCCCUUUAGAGACAGGGCAAUACUUUAUCUAGCAUUUCCAUGCAUCUGUAGAAAGAGGGCUCCCAUCUAGGUCAGCCUAGACUACCUGAGUGUCAGAAGUUCCUUUGAUUAUCCUUUCUCAACAGUAUUCUGGCCUCUAGCCCCUUUAUAAAUACAGGAAGGCUUGGUUUUGUAGAUUAAAGACCUGAAGUUUUUAUAAUCCAUGGUAAACUUUAUUUCUUUGUAUGGUACACAGCAUGGGGUUCGUGUUCAAGCCUGGCCACUCACCAGCUCCCUGACCUUGGGCAAGUUGAUUAAACCUCACUGAGCGUAGUUCAGUCAUCAGUAAUUUGGGAGUGACACUGAUAAUAUCACGUGAGGAAUAAAUGAUGUAGGUGUAUGAAAAGCUCCUUGUCAAUUAUUUAAUUGUUAUUCUCCUAUUCUAUUCUUCGAACCCAAACUCUACCCUUCUUCUGCUCUUUCUGGUUUCUAAUGCCUCCUGAGGAAGGCCUUGAACUUAAUAGUACUUGAAACAUUUUACAUCAUGGGUACUGAGAAAGGUAGUCUGUAUCUCUUCCUCCUAUUAUACAUGCUGUACUUUUGAAGCCUAAUUCUUCCUCAGAAAACAGGACUCUUAAAAAGCCAUGUUUUUAGCUUACCUUUGGUUUUGGAUUCCCAGUCACUCUGCAUGUGAAAGUUACAGGCAUUCCCUCAAAGAUCUUGUAAUGUUUCAGUUUCAUCUCAAAGAAUGGUGCCACUCCAUUUUCCACAGGUGCAUCCCCAUAUUGGACGUCAUCACCUGAUUCAUCCACAGGAGACCUUUCUAGCCUGUACUCGAUUUCACUGAUGAGUCUCUGUUCACAGCUGGAGACUUUGUAUUCCUACAUCAGGUAAAAAUAAAGGUCAUGUUAGCAACCUCAGUUUCUUGUGGUACAGUGUGUCUCAUGAGUCUUACCCUCCCCUCCAAUAAGGCACUCAGAAGACAGUGAUAUUUUUACCAUGGAGCUUAAAAACAAGUCUGAGCCCAACUCAGUCCCGUAUAAAACAAAAAAACCAUCUGGAAGUAAGUGUAUAUGAUAUUUCAAAUUGUCUUCAAGUCUUAUCAUCCUCCUCCCCCAAAAAACUAUGAAGAUGAAUUUCUUUCUCUUGUCUCUUGGGGGGUAGGGGGAAAGAAAGAAAAAGGCAACAGCUUUAUAUUCUCAAACUGUUCAUAAGAAUAAAACCUGAUGGAACACUGAUUUCUUUCUGUAGAGUAAAAGCUGAUGCGGGGGGGGGGGGUGGUGGUGCAGCUCUUCAGAAGGGUAACAGUACAUGUGGCCAGCAGCUGCAAUAUUACAUAGCAUUUUAUCAAAUGAAUAAUGGGAAAAAUGGCAUUUCUUUUCACUCAUAACAGUCCUCGGCCACAAAGCCUCUGAACUCCUCCUCAGCUGUGCAGCUAUUAGGAACUAUUCUCCACCAAUGUUUCAAAGAAAAAUGGGAUUGGCAGUCUAGUCAAAACUGUGAUUAAAAAGACAAAGACAAAGUACCCAUCAACAUCCUGUGGUGAUCAAGGUGGACCCUACAGUUCUCUUGCUUACAAAGCACAGUGAACACAAGGCAGCCCAUUAGAAAAUACUCUCUAUUUAAUUAUAAAUAAAAGAUGUUUCAGCUAGGUUUUCCUUAAAGAAGUUACUCAACCUUUAAAAAAAGUUUGUCGUCUGGAGGGAAGAAAUACAACAGUAUGAAUAAAACUGCAAGUGAGUUGUUUUAAUUACUAUCAAAUGAAUCCGUUUAAGAAUGGGCACGCUUAUCCCUAGAAAGGUACAGCAAAUGAGAAACAAUUCACAGUUCAGAGUGUCCACUAGUGACAGAAGCAAAUUCAAGUUUGUAAAUGUAUGACACAAAUCACACUGCAGUAAUUUUGUUCAUCUGAUCUUAGACACCGGUCAUAGUAUUUCCAAUAAUAUGUGGCAGGAAAGAUAGAUACGCAGGCAAACAAAGAACACGGGAUAACAGAUACAGUGAAAGACCAGAAGGAGAAGAAAGGUGAAAAGCUUAUUAACCUUUUGACCAUCCAGAGGACUCCCUACAGAAGCAUGAGGAGACCCAAUUUCCUGUAAUGGUAGAAAAAAAGAAGUGAAGACUAGUGACAGAAAUAAGAAUCUAGCAAGAUACCUAGUUUUAAGUGAAAUUUUUGCAGUAGCAAUAUUUAACAGAAAAAUCUUCAGAUAUUAAAGGCAGAUCCAUUUUUUAACAUCUAUAAGAGUCGACUUGAUCAUUUAAACAGGUUUUAAAAAGCCUUCUUUAAUCUUGAGACUACAUUUGGAAACUCCAAGCAGAAACAGUGCAGAUUAUAAAACAGCUUACAUCAAAUCCAUGCAGUGACUUUUUUGGGGGGAACAAAAAUAGCAUUUUAGGUUUUCUGCUGAUUAGUGACGUAUAAAUGUAUAUGUGAAGGAAAAUAAAGACAUAAUUUUUCUAUAAAUAAAUAGUUUACUUUGACUAAAUAUUCACCGGCUGUUUCAAAUAAUUUCAGUGAAAUAUGUUUCUCCACACAAAAGGAUUUUGCAUGAAAGCACAGGACAGCAAAAACAGAAGGCUACUUGAAGGGAGAAUAAAGUGAUCAACAGGAAGAUAAAAAGAACAGUUAUCACCGACUGCAGUAACUCUAGCAGUCACUUAACACACUGUUUGGCACAUGGUAUGUGCUCAAUAAAUAUUAGCUAUGACCUUGAUUGAUGAUGUUAAUACUGCUUUUCUUUGACUUGCCCUCUACUUCCUACAGAAUUGGCCCCAAGAAUAGUGGCCAUGAAGACUAUGGGGAGAGGGAACAGAAUAAUUAUUAUUUUUCUAAAAAGUCCAGAUGGGGGUGCCUGGGUGGCUCAGUUGGUUAAGCGUCCGACUUCAGCUCAGGUCAUGAUCUUACGUUUCGUGAGCUCAAGCCCCGCGUCGGGCUCUGUGCUGACAGCUCAGAGCCUGGAGCCUGCUUCGGACUCUGUGUCCCCCUCUUUCUCUGCCCCACCCCUGCUUGUGCUGUCUUUCAAAAAUGAAUAAACGUAAAAGAAAAAAAAAGUCCAGAUGAACACAGUACCUGAUUAGCUGUCUCCUCUUCUGGCUCCUGAAUGUUAAAAACAGUUGCACUGUCAGCACCUAGUAAUCGACGAGCCAUUCUUUCUUCAUAUGUUAACCUCUAAACAAAGUAAGUCACAAAAAAGACAAAAUUAGAAAAGUCAUAAUUAUAUACUGCCUGAUGAAAAAGAAUUUUAUUUAUUCAUUUUUUUUAAACUGAAUUGAGAGAGACAGAGAGACAGAGAGACCGAAUCUGAAGCAGGCUCCAGGCUCCAGAGCUGUCAGCACUGAGCCCAACGUGGGGCUCAAACUCACGAACCAUGAGAUUAUGACCUGAACCAAGUUGGAGGCUUAACCCACUAAGCCACCCACAUGCCCCAAACACUUUUUAAAGUUUAUCUAUUUAUUUUGAGAGAGAGAGAGAGAGCAACUGUGAGCAGGGGAGGGGCAGAGAGAGGGAGAGACAGAAUCCCAAGCAGGUUCCAUGCUGUGAGUAGCACAGAGCCCGACAUGGGGCAUGAAACCACAAAGCAUGGGAUCAUGACCUGAGCUGAAAUCAAGAGUCAGAGCUUAACUGACUAAGCCACCCAGGCACCCUGAAAAAGAAUCUUAAAAAAUGAGUUUUGAUAUUUUCUGUAACUAUUUUCCCCUCAACCUUCAGAUACCUAUAUAUAAAAGGAGUCUCUUUCUUUCCCUUCCUUCAGUUGUUCAGUCUGUCACCUCUCCUUCUGGUCUUUGUGGCUUAAUAUAGUGUUGGAAUAUGAGGUAACUAAUCUUGAGAGCCACUGACUGAUACAGCACAAAUUUAAGGUGAAUAUAAUAAGCAAACAAGGCAGAAACCACAUAGGAAAUAAUGUGUCAUAUACCAAUCUUUAAUGGUAAAUACAUGGACAAAAGAGAUAUUCAAAUAGCAAAGUAUUUUUUUUAAGGAAAGGUUAUUUUCAUAACCAUCCACAGCUUCAAAACAGCCUGGUCAGCUCCAAGCCUCUGAUAAGGAAUUUUAGACCAGCUGGCAGUGAUGAUCCUCUCUGUUUCGGGGUUCUCACCUCUAAAGGCACUUCCCAGGCUGUCUGUGUGGCAGGUGAAGGUAGACAAAUAUAAUAGUCCACAGAGAAUGACUGCACAUGGCUGAAUUAGCAAAAGGACUGUGAGGGACACUUGCCAAAGCUAAUCUCCACAAUUCGAGAUUCUACUCAGAUGCAGAUUGCUUGCCCAUCAGGCAGAGAAAGUGGUAAAGUUUUCACAUCUAGCAGCCAGUGCUCUGGAUCUGGCCAAAACAUAUUUGCGGGGCCGUUCUUAUGCCAAUGUGUUUGUUCUGUCCAGUGGGCUGUUUCCUGCUUUUGAGUGUUGGUCUUAAAAAACCUUAGAAUUGACAGUUCUAGGAGGAGCUUUCAGAGACCCUCUGUCCCACGAAGGGCACUUUACAAACAAGUGUUUUAUUCAAAAGAGAGAAUUAGUAAGACGGAAUCUUAAAAGAAAAAAUAGACAAGUUAUUUCAGUAAGCUUCCAAACUUCUGAACAUCGAUGCAAAUUCUAUUGGAAACUCUCUAAUCAGGAAAAUAUGUUGAAUAAAUUUACAGUUUCCAGUAAUUGCUGGUUCUAGUCCCAGCUGAAACCGGGAAGUGAAACAAGUCAGUGCCAAAUGACAAACAGUCCCGAAGUUCAAAUUAUUUCAUUUACUGAAGAAGAGGCAGAAGACAAGAAGAGGUAGAGGCAGGUGUUUUGUGCAUGGGCUGUCUCAGGCCACUAUGUUAUUAUUUAAAUUAAUUUUCUCACAUCUGUUAAAGAAUCAUUGAAUUCAAGUUUUCAAAAGGAGUUUUAAAUACCUGGUCUCUUAAAUGCCUCUAAUGUUUUCAUGGAGAGCUGUAGCAAUAUCAAAGGUAGGAGUGGAAUAUUUUCCACUCUGUUUCUUAUAAGCAGAAAUAUCAACUAUUGAUACUAACUCCUUUCCCACAAUGUACUUGCUACCAUUAGAAGCCAGAUUUACUUCAGUUUUGUUUCUAAACCACUAGGCUAUAUGGCUAUCCAAGCCCUGUCUACAGAGGACAAAAAUAAGUAACAGAAUAAUAUGCAACACUAGGAAAAAGUUGUCCUUUUAAACUCUCAAAUGUGGAAAUCCAUGGGACUUGUGAAUGUCAUUCACUGCUAAACAAAUAAAUAUAUAACAUAAUAUACACAGUAUGAUAUCACAGCCUAUAGAAGUCUUAAGACUCUUUAACCAAGAGAAUCUUAGCCCAUAAGGAAUAUUUAAACAAAGGUCCAGAAAAACCCAAAAAACUGGAGAAAUGCCUUUACCUGGCUUGAAUAAGUUCCCGUAAGUAUUUGCUUUAAUCUUUCAAAGGCUUUCAUUGACAGAGCAGGGAAAGCUUCCUGCGUAUGUGUAUUUACACAUGCAAUUACUUAUUUCAGGGAAAAAAUAUUUCCCCUUUGUGAAAAUCUUCUAUUCUCAAUGAAAUGAAUGACUAACACAAGAUCUCAUUAGAAUUUUAAUCUUCCUGAACUCAGAUUAGGAUGCCCUAAUAAUUAAAAGCAGCAUUCAGCACCCCUCCUCCAUCCUCCACCUUUCUAAUCAAACAUGGUCUGUUCUCACAUUUUUAUUUAUCAAUGUGAGAUAAUUAAAAUUCCUGGAAAACAUAUUUAACAUAGAGAGCUUUCUACUCUGAAAAAGGUAUCUGAGAGGGAGAUUUUAUACAAAGAGGCCCUUUUCUUCUACUUAAGAGCCAGGCAAAUUUUUCCAGUGGCAAUUCCAAAAUAAAGCCACAAAAGGCUCCUUUCCUUCACCUGGGAAAUCUUAUUUGCGAGACUUGUUCUUCCUGUCCCCUUAAAAAUAACCUGGAUGUGGUAAGAGGAGGGUCAAUAAAAAACAAA